AUGCCCUGGGGGAGGCGCGGAGGCCGGGUGAGCGCCCUGGAGAGCGGCUCGGAGGAAGAAGCGCCACCGGCGGCGGCCGCUGGGCCCUCGGCGCUGUGGGCGUCCCAGCUACAGCCGGAGGUGGCGGCCGGGCAGAUUCUGCUUCAGGGCAUCUUCAAGAUCGGGAAGAGCAGCUGCGACGUGGUGCUGGGCGAGCGGGCCCUGAGGUGGUGGCCCAUCCAACCCGAGCGCCCUGCGGGUGACUCCAAGUAUGAUGUUCAACGUAAAGAAGAAUUUAUUGAAGUCAAGGACAUAUUCUCUGUCAAACUGAAACGACGUUAUUCUGCUAAGCAGCAGGGAAAUGGUACUUUAUUAGGUAUCACACUCUUCAUUUGUUUGAAAAAGGACCAAAAUAAAUUAAAAGAUUCUACGCUUGAUCUUAUUAAUUUAAGUGAAGACCACUGUGACGUAUGGUUUAAACAAUUCAAGAAAAUUUUGGCAGGUUUUUCAAAUAGACCAAAGUCAUUAAAAGUAAUUCUCAACCCCCAAAGCCACAAAAAAGAAGCUACCCAGGUCUAUUAUGAGAAGGUUGAACCACUGUUGAGGAUUGCAGGAAUAAAGACUGAUCUUACAAUAACAGAAUAUGAAGGGCAUGCUUUGGCACUGCUGAAGGAUUGUGAACUCCAGGAAUUUGAUGGUGUCGUCUGUGUUGGUGGAGAUGGAUCUGCCAGUGAAGUGGCCCAUGCUUUGCUUCUCAGAGCCCAGAGGAAUGCUGGGAAGGAAACAGGCAGCCCCCUCAACCCUGUCCGAGCGCAGCUUCCACUUGGGUUAAUACCUGCAGGCUCUACUAACGUACUGGCACAUUCUCUUCAUGGAAUCCCUCAUGUGGUAACUGCAACUUUGCACAUUAUAAUGGGGCACACACAACCAGUUGAUGUCUGCACUUUUAGCACCACUGGAAAGCUUCUUCGCUUUGGGUUCUCAGCCAUGUUUGGCUUUGGUGGAAGAACUUUGGCCCUGGCAGAAAAAAAUCGAUGGAUGUCACCCAACCAACGAAGGGAUUUUGCGGUCAUGAAGGCACUGGCAAAACUUAAGCCUGAAGACUGUGAAAUAGCUUUUUUACCGUGUAUUAGCUCUCACGAUUUACAAGAAAGGAAGGCAGAAGGAUCUCCCAAAUCUGCCGGCAGUGAUCAGUGGCAGACCAUCCAGGGUCAGUUCUUGAAUGUCAGCAUUAUGGCAAUCCCUUGCCUGUGUUCAGUGGCACCUAGAGGCUUGGCACCUACUACCAGAUUAAAUAAUGGAAGCAUGGCUCUUAUCAUUGCACGAAACACUUCUCGACCAGAAUUUAUAAAACACCUAAAAAGAUACGCCAGUGUUAAAAAUCAGUUCAAUUUUCCAUUUGUUGAGACUUACACCGUUGGAGAAGUAAAAGUUCGUCCGAGGAAUCUUAGUGGAUACGAUCCAGAGGACGACGGACGGCACGCAGCUGCUUCAGAAAACAGUUUCCCUUGGAACAUAGAUGGUGACUUAAUGGAAGCCACUUCAGAGGUUCACAUUAAGAGGCUUCAUGCUCACAGAUUGGGCUUCAUUCCUCGAAUGCCUGCACGAAGCUCUGCCCGCCUUGUUCUUUGGCCACCAGCUACUACUGUGGGCUCGUGA